UCCUCUGCAGACCUCGUCUCUGCCCUGAACGACCUCCUCAAGGCCCUCCACCUCCCGCUCACCCUGGACGCGCCAGACGACCUCAUCCCCUCGCUCCUCGUCGCCGUCCUCGAGUGCCUCCUGCGCUCCCGCCUCGACAUCCCCGCGCAGCUCCGCCAGGCCCGCGACUUCGCGGCCAAGGUGCACGCGAUGAAGAUCUUCCUCGGCGUGCUCGAGAACGACGUCAUCGGCCAGGACGUCGGGCUCAGCGACGUCGACCCGCGGCGCCUCGCCAGCGGCGCGUGGGACGAGUGCGUCUUCGUCGGUGCGCUGCUCUGCUGGCUCGGCAAGACCAUGGGCGUGCUGCCCAGCACGAGCGCGAGGGGCGUCGAGCCGCUCCCGGCGCGGUUCGCGCGGCGGAGUGGCACCGUGUCGUCCUCCGCGCACUCUACGGUGCCGUCCAACCUCUCUCUCACGCGUUCGGAACCGGCGGAGUCGCAGACCACCAUGGAGUCGAUUGUGUUUGAGCCAGUCGGGGAGAGCACCUUCGUCCGACCGCCUGCCCCCACGCCGACAGCGGGUCUGCGAGACGCACCACGUCGCCCGCGCUGCAUCCACGAAAUCGAGGAGCCCUCGCUCGUCUUCACACCUGCUGCAGAGUCCUCCGCCGUCGUCGAGCCGGACGUCGAGUACUGCGACUGCCCCGCGGAGGCGGCGCACGUCCGGCCGUUCGCAGAACCAAGACCGAGGGUUGCGCCCGUGAGGUACGACGGCUGGAUCGGGCGCGUAGACGACGACUCCGAGGUCGGGUUCUUCGAAACGAAUCGAUUGUCAAGGUCCACAGGCACACCUCGGCGUGUCUCCAGUGGGAGCAGAAGCUCGGGGCUCAUCACGCGGCACACGUCGCCUACGGAGUACACCCUUGCUCUCAUGAACGAACGCGCGAAGCUGCUGGCGGAGCUUGCCACGUUGAAG